AUGUCAUCUACAUCUUCGACAUCUGUUAUUCCCUCAAAAUCAAUAGAAAAUGGUCUAAAUCCUAAAACACAAGAAGAAACAUAUGUUCAUGACGUUUACAAUGAAAUUGCAUCGCAUUUUUCUCAAACUAGAUAUAAGCCAUGGCCGAUUGUUGAAAGAUUUUUACAAUCUAGAUCAAGAUAUUCGAUUGGUUUAGAUGUUGGUUGUGGUAAUGGUAAAUAUUUAAAUGUAAAUAAGGACUUAUAUAUCAUUGGUACUGAUAGAUCUGAAGGUUUAAUUAAUUGUGCUCAAACGAUUUCCAAAAAUUCAUUUAAUUUGGGUAUAUCUGAUGGACUUUCAUUACCUCAUCCUAACAAUAGGUUUGAUUUUGCAAUAUCAAUAGCAGUAAUUCAUCAUUUUGCAAAUGAAGAGCGAAGAAUAGAAGCAAUUCUGCAUAUAUUAUCAAAAUUAAAACUUGGUGGUGAAUGCUUAAUAUAUUGUUGGGCAUUAGAACAAGAAACAUCUCGACGAGGUUAUAAAGAAGGUGAUAACCAAGAUAUUUUAAUACCCUGGGUUUUAAAGAAACAACAACAUUUACCAAAAAAAAAGAAGAAGAAUAAUAUGAAGAGAAAUUCAAAAGAGAAAAUAGAGGAGUUAUAUGAUAAUAAAGAUGAUAAAAUGAAAGAAGAAGAGGAAUUAUUUGAUAAUGAUAAUAAAGAUGAUGAAAUUGAAGAAACAAAAUAUAGAUAUUAUCAUCUUUAUAAAAAAGGAGAGUUAAUUGAUAAUGCUCUUCAAACAAAGAAAUGUAUAAUAAUUGAUGAUGGAUAUGAAAAAGAUAAUUGGUGGAUAAUUAUAAAAAGAAUUUAA